AUGUACCUGGAGCCCACGCAGCCUCGUGCCGGCUUCAUCGACCACCAGAAGUCCCUUCUGCCGCCCGCUGCCCACAUCGCGCGGACUUCUCAGGAUUCUACUCAGGCUGGAGUUCCCACGCCGGGCACCGCUACCGCAAUGGAACGAAACACUAGCGACUAUCCCCCAUCUGGAUUGCCGUCUCCGUACCCACCUCCGUAUACGGACGGCAGAUCUGAGGGCUCAUCGGGUGAUCCCCAGUCCACCUCUCAAUACCCCGCGCCUCAACCAGAAGUGAGGUCUAAUGCGUAUUCCACAUCAGCGACACCCACAUCAGAGUACGGCGUAUAUCCUACGUCCGCGCGCUCCGGGUCGUUCCCUGAACAUAUCCAGCGUCCCUACCACCCCCACACUGCCAGCAACAGUGGGAGCAGUGGAGACCACUCCAUAGCCGCCCCGAGCCCCACAUAUCCGUACAGCCAGGCGCAUUCGCCCUACGGACCUCCUGGAGACAUCACACCGAACUACCAGCAUAGCGGAAGUGUUUAUGCGCAGGCCAGGCCCGACUGGGCCGCGUACGGACAACACAGCGCCGGUCCCUUGACGCCUACCGGCCCCGUCUUCCCUACAACACCCUCAUCCGCCCCGCCUCAGCCGCGGCCUAGUCAGGUGUACUCGUUCGUUCCGAUCCCCGGUUCUCAGCAGCAUAAACGACCCCGAAGGCGAUAUGAGGAGAUCGAGAGGAUGUACAAGUGCGGUUGGAAUGGAUGCGAAAAGGCCUAUGGUACAUUGAACCAUCUCAAUGCCCAUGUAACAAUGCAGGGCCACGGCGCGAAGCGAACUCCUGAUGAAUUCAAGGAGAUCCGGAAGGAAUGGAAGCAGCGGAAGAAGGAGGAGGAAGCUCAGCGCAAGGCAGAGGAGGAGCGUCAGCGAAACGCCGCAGCUAACGCUGCUCAGAACCAGGUCCAAGAGCCUGGGCCGGUAGACGGUGCUCAACCUACUGCAGCAUACGCAGGAUCUCGCGCUCUGCAGCUCCCUCCGAUCGGUUACCAACCAAAUGCCUAUCCCGCGCCUCCUUCCGCGGGUGUACCGCAACACCCGCUCUCGGACUACUCCAGCAGCCAGAUGUACCCCAACUACCCCCAUUCUCCUUAUGGGCAACCGGGACAGAAUAUGUACAACCAAUCGCCCAACGGAAACCAACCUCCCAGCCACUAG